AUGGCGGACAAGGAGAAGCGCGGGUCCGGUGCCGCCGCUGCUCCUCCUCCUCCUCCUCCUCCUCCACGGAUGCCCGAGGGCAAAGCCGCCCGGUCGGACGGCGACAGGGAGUUCCUGUCGCAGGCCGGCGUCGGGGAGCUGCUCCGCGGGGCCAUCUUGAAGAUGGUGGAGGCCAGGUCGGACGACCCCAUCGGGUUCCUCGCUGACCACUUCUGCAACCUGUCCUCGGUGACGGAGACCGGCGCAGCGGGAGGCGGCGACGUGGACCAGCUGAACAACGGCGGCGCGCAGGAGCAGCAGCGUCUCAACCGGGCGAUGUGGCACCUGAGGCUGGCGCACCAUUCCCAGAGAUCUGCCUUCAGCAACAAUGUUCGUGUGGCUUUUGACCUUUUGAACCUCACCGGGCCCGUGAGGCGUUCAGGUGACGCUCCCGAAUGCCCCGAUGGCUCCAGCACCGACAGCCCGACAAAGGGAGGAGGAGGAGGCGGAGGAGGGGUUAAGGGAGGCCUCUACACACAGACCCUCCAGUGUCUGUGCAGCGAGGGCGGAGUCCCCGCCUCGACCUCCGCUCCGCUCCUCCAACGCCUCCAUUGCCAAGACCACGAGGCUGUGCCUCACGACAUCUUUCGUCACGGCGUGCUCACGUGCGCCGUGUUCUCCGACUACAUCCGGCAGGCCCAGAGGCUUUACGCCGAGGUGUGCUGCCCGGACCAGGGCCCGGCCUCGCGGGCGCUGUGCUUCGCCGUGCUAGGGACCCUGAAGGAGGCCCUGGAGACGUCCCGAGGCCGCGAGGCGAUGGACCGCUGCGAUAACGGCAACACCAAAGAGACUUCCUGUCCGGAGGCCAACGCCAAGGCUCUCCGGUACCUAGAGGCCAGCGCCAAGAUCUCGCCGCACAUGUUGGGGCGGGCCAUGGCCGGGGCGCAGACCCGGGGCCCGGGCGGCAACAUGGACGCCAAGGAGUUUGAGAACGCUGCGGCGAAACUUUUCAUCACUCGAGUGAAAGUCGUGUCCUAGGUCUCAUGUCAAUAUCCACAUAGUUUAUGAAUGUACAACAAUAUAAAGUAUAUACUAGAGUAAAUAUAUGCCUUCUGUGUACAGUAGCUCGUCUAACCUCUGACCUACACUCACAGAUAUCACCUCCUCCAACUAUAUCCCAUAAUUCUAUUACACUCAUUUUUGCCUAUAUAUUGCACCUAUUAAAGUUGAAUAUAUAUAUAUAAUAAAUCAGCAUCUGCUGUGGCUCUGUGGAAAGGACAAGGAGUUCCUUACUAAGUGUAUUUUGAGAUAUAUAUAUUUUUUCAUUAUUCAGCCUUUUCCAUAAAAUGCUCAUAUUAGAACGUAACUCUGUACUGGUCUGCAUCUAAUGCAAUCCAACCAAACAAGCUUGUAAUAAAUUAUAUAUUUGUUGUUGAGAGGAAUGUCUAUUAGGAGCUCAGUGUCGAUUGUAUUGCAUUAUUUUAUUUAUUUACUCUGUUAACAAUGUAUUAUAAAACUAGUUUGACAGGAGACAGAUCUCAUUGUAUCAUAACAUAUGUUGGGGGGGAAUAAACAUGCAAUGUUCA